UUCUCUUCUCUCUCUCUCAUCUAUCCUUCAUCAAAGAUGCCAUAACUCUCUUUCUCUCUCUCCCUAUCACAUUAUCACGAGAGAGACAUAGUUUUGCACAAUCCAUCAUAAUGGGCGAACACAGAAGAAAAAUGAUCUCAUUAACUCUGUUUCUUGCAAUAACAUUGAUACCACUCAUCAACGGUGAUCUUGACUCAACCCAACUAAACGACGACGUUCUAGGUCUCAUAGUCUUCAAAUCAGACCUUCACGACCCAUCUUCACACCUCGACUCUUGGAACGAAGACGACGCGUCACCUUGCUCAUGGACCUACGUCAAAUGCAACCCCAAAACAUCACGAGUCACAGAACUUUCCCUAGACGGUUUAGCCCUAACCGGAAAAAUCGGCCGUGGGAUCCAAAAGCUUCAGCAUCUGAAAAUACUCACACUCUCCAACAACAACUUAACCGGAAACAUCAUCUCUCUCUCAAACAACAACCAUCUCCAGAAGCUUGAUCUUAGCCACAACAGCCUCUCCGGUCAAAUCCCAUCUUCUCUUGGCUCACUCACCUCCUUGAGACACCUUGACUUAACCGGAAACUCCUUCUCCGGUUCACUCUCUGAUGAAGUCUUCAAGAACUGCUCAUCUCUUAUGCAUUUAUCACUCUCUCACAACCAUCUCGAAGGUCAAAUCCCAAAUACUCUGUUUCGAUGCUCUGUUUUGAACAGUCUCAACCUCUCAAGAAACCGUUUUUCCGGAAACCCUAGCUUCGUGUCUGGCUUCUGGAAGCUUCAGAGGCUAAGAGUGUUAGAUCUAUCGUUCAACGCUCUCUCUGGAUCCAUACCGUUAGGGAUACUCUAUGUUCAUAACUUAAAAGUGUUGAACUUACAAGGGAACCAGUUCUCUGGUUCAUUGCCUUCAGAUAUUGGACUUUGUCCUCAUUUAAACAUAGUUGAUCUGAGUUCCAACCGUUUCUCCGGCGAGAUUCCGACAACUCUCCAGAGGCUGAAGUCGUUAAACCAUUUAGAUUUAUCCAAGAACGUUCUCUCCGGUGGUUUCCCGGUUUGGAUAGGUGACAUGACCGGUUUAGUACAUUUGGAUUUCUCCAGCAAUGUGUUAACCGGGAAGCUUCCUUCUUCAGUAAGUAACUUGAGGUCUCUAAAGAUUCUAAUCUUGUCUGAGAACAAACUCUCCGGGGAGAUUCCGGAAUCUUUGGAGUCCUGCAAAGAGCUUAUGGUGGUUGAUCUCAAAGGCAAUGGCUUAACCGGUAGCAUUCCUGAUGGUUUAUUUGAUCUUGGUUUGCAAGAAAUGGAUUUUUCGGGUAACGGUUUAACCGGUUUGAUCCCUAGAGGGUCAAGCAGGCUAUUUGAGUCACUUGUGAGGCUUGAUCUCUCGCGUAAUAGUCUCACUGGAAACAUACCUGGUGAAGUAGGGUUAUUCAGCAACUUGAGAUACCUUAACUUGUCAUGGAACAACUUCAACACAAGAGUUCCUCCAGAAAUAGAGUUUCUACAGAACCUGACAGUUUUGGAUCUAAGGAACAGUGCGUUGAUUGGUUCGGUUCCAGCUGAUAUAUGUGACUCACAGAGCCUACAGAUCCUUCAGUUGGAUGGUAACUCACUAAUUGGUUCUAUACCGGAAGGAAUUGGAAACUGCUCUUCUCUUAAACUGCUGAGCUUGUCUCAUAACAAUCUUACCGGUCCAAUACCUAGAUCACUUUCAAACUUACAAGAGCUAAAGAUUCUAAAGCUAGAAGCCAAUAAGCUUAACGGUGAAAUACCAAAAGAGCUAGGGAAGUUACAGAAUCUGUUACUGGUUAACAUAUCGUUUAACCGACUCAUCGGAAGGUUACCAUCAGGAGGUGUAUUCCAGAGCUUAGACCAGAGUGCUCUUCAAGGAAACUUAGGCAUUUGUUCACCAUUGUUGAGAGGGCCUUGCACACUCAAUGUUCCAAAGCCUCUUGUCAUUGAUCCAACCUCCUACAAGAACGGUAAUAACAACGAGGAAGUGUCAGGAAACCGAGGAAGCAAGUUCCACGGUGGAAUGUUCCUUAGUGUUUCAGUGAUUGUAGCUAUAUCAGCAGCUAUACUCAUCGUCUCAGGAGUCAUAGUCAUAACGCUACUCAACGCAUCGGUGAGAAGAAGACUUGCGUUUGUUGACAACGCUUUGGAGAGCAUUUUUUCAGGUUCUUCAAGAUCAGGAAGAAGCUUAGAGGCAGGGAAACUUGUUCUGUUAAACUCAAGAACGUCGAGAUCUUCGUCUUCAUCUCAAGAGUUCGCUAGAAACCCUGAGUCUGUUCUCAAUAAAGCUUCAAGAAUAGGUGAAGGAGUGUUUGGAACAGUCUACAAGGCACCAUUAGGAGAACAUGGGAGAAACUUGGCAGUCAAGAAACUAGUCCCAUCCCCGAUUAUCGAAAACCUAGAAGAUUUUGAUCGAGAGGUCCGGAUCUUGGCGAAAGCCAAGCACCCUAAUUUAGUCUCCAUUAAAGGGUAUUACUGGACACAGGAGAUGCAGCUUCUAGUAUCAGAAUACAUCCCUAACGGAAACUUGCAAUCCAAGUUACACGAAAAAGAACCCUCAACACCGCCGCUUUCUUGGGACGCAAGAUACAGAAUCAUCCUCGGUACAGCCAAAGGACUCGCUUAUCUCCACCACACAUUCCGUCCAGCAACCGUCCACUUCAACCUGAAACCGACAAACAUCCUCCUCGACGAAAAAUACAACCCUAAAAUCUCUGACUUCGGACUAGCUCGUCUUCUAACAACACAAGACGGGAACACAAUGAACACCAACAGGUUUCAGAACGCUUUAGGUUACGUAGCGCCUGAGUUAGAGUGUCAGAACUUAAGGGUCAACGAGAAAUGCGAUGUUUACGGGUUUGGGGUUUUGAUACUCGAACUCGUGACUGGUCGGAGACCCGUGGAGUAUGGUGAAGACAGCUUUGUGAUACUUAGCGAUCAUGUUCGAGUUCUGUUGGAACAAGGGAAUGUGUUGGAGUGUAUUGAUCCUACCAUGGAGGAGGAAUAUUCUGAGGAUGAGGUUUUGCCUGUUCUGAAACUUGCUCUUGUCUGUACUUCUCAGAUUCCUUCAAAUAGGCCUACAAUGGCGGAGAUUGUUCAGAUCUUGCAAGUCAUCAGCUCUCCUGUUCCUCACCGGAUGCUUGAUAGUUUCUGAAAAAUUGUUUUGUGUUAAAUUUAAUUUUCCAUUAUGCAAUAUUUUCUUAUUUUGACUUUUUGUAGAGUUUCACAAUGGUACGUUCUAUCUUUUCUCGCUAUGUCAUCAUGAAUCAUCUUGACAAUCAUUGACCGUUGUUAUCAUUGAUAGGCUUUUUC